GGCGGGGCCGGGCUGGAGCCUCCGGCCUGGGGCCUCCUGGCCGGGCGGCCGGCUGGGUGAAGGCACCACGCGCUCCCGCCCAGGCCCAGACAUGCCGGUCCUUGUGAGGCAGAAACUUGAGAGGGAGCCGUCCUCUCCCUGAAGCCUCGCGGUGGAACAGCUGUCUGACCCGUUCAAAGGGAAGGAUGAAAUCUCUGCGCAGGCACGCGAUGUGAAUGGAAGCGGCGUGUCACUAUGCAAACAGUACGGCACUCUGAGCGCACACUAAAGACAGCUCUCAUCUCAAAGGACCCAGCGCUUGUGUCACAGUAUGAGAAGUUAGAUGCUGGGGAAAAGCGUCUGAUGGACGAAGCCUUCCGGCCAGACAGUGAUCUCUUUGGACCCAUUACUUUGCAUUCGCAGUCAGACUGGAUAACCUCCCAUCCUGAGGCUCCCCAAGACUUUGAAGAGUUUUUCAGUGAUCCUUACAGAAAGACACCUUCUCCACAGAAGCACAGUAUUUAUAUACAGUGCAUUGGAUUGCUAGGAAACACCAGAAGUAUCAGUGAAGAAUAUGUGAAAUGGCUCAAGGGCUACUGUGAAGCAUUUUUCUAUGGCUUGACAGUAAAACUCCUAGAACCAGUUCCUGUCUCUGCAACGAGGUGCUCCUUUAGAAUCAAUGAUAACACGCAGAACCUACAGAUUCAUGCAGGGCAGAUCCUGAAGUUCUUAAAAAAGAAGAAACCUGAAGAUGCUUUUUGUGUUGUGGGAAUAACGAUGAUCGAUCUUUACCCAAGAGACUCCUGGAAUUUUGUCUUCGGACAGGCCUCUUUGACAGAUGGUGUGGGGAUAUUCAGCUUUGCCAGGUACGGCAGUGAUUUUUACAGCUCCCACUACGAAGGCAAACUGAAGAAGCUGCAGAAGAAGUCUUCAAGUGACUACUCGGUUUUUGAUAAUUAUUACGUUCCUGAAGUGACUAGUGUUUUGCUGCUUCGGUCCUGUAAGACUUUAACCCAUGAGAUUGGACAUAUCUUUGGACUUCGGCACUGCCAGUGGCUCGCAUGCCUGAUGCAAGGCUCCAACCACUUGGAAGAAGCUGACCAGCGUCCCCUCGACCUUUGCCCCAUCUGUUUACGCAAGUUGCAGAGUGCUGUCGGCUUCCACCUUAAAGACAGAUACAAAGUGAAUCUGUUUUUCAAGGCGCUGGUGAGGUGGGUUGAUGCUGAGUCCACUGACACACCUACAGUUACUCCAAAACAUAGUCGUGAGGAUCCUCUGAGUUUGCCAAAACCUGUGGAAGCCUUUAAAGAAUGGAAAGAGUGGAUAACAAAAUGCCUUGCUGUUCUCCAGAAAUAAGAACCUUCAAAUAGGAGUAAUUAAAAUAAACACUUGCACAUCAUGCUUUCAUUUGGGUGGAGUACUGUACUGUGUUGGAAUAAACUGUUACACUGAU